GCAAAAAGCAAAAGAAUGAUAAAAAGCAACUUUUUUAGUUUAGAGAUCAUUCAUAUAUGAGCUGUGCUCGCUUAGAUAAAAAGGUUAUUUAGCUCGUUUGCUCAAUCUAUGGAUUCAUCCAAAUUCCUCAUACAUUCUUACCAACAACUUUGUAGGCCAAUUUUGGUUCAUUUCAUUUACAAAGUUGCUUUCGCAAUUUUCUUUCAUAAAUAUAUUUUGUUUAAAAAAGAAAAGCUUAAUCACUAGGUUUUGUGGACUUUGGAAUUACGAAGUGAAAAAUAUUUAUAGGUCUAGCAUUUUGCCUACACAUUUGGAAUCUGGAUUUGGAUUCUAGCUAAGAUUUCUUAAAAAUUAUCAUAAUGAAUAGUAGCUUAGUUGCUUCAUACCUGUUUACAGUGGAUAAAAAUGAGAGUGAAGCAAAGGACAUUGUAAACCAUAUCAUAAAAGAUAUUAUUGAUGAAAAAAUUGGAAUUGUUGAUGUCGUUACUUCAAUUGGUGACUAUUUGACUAAUACGAAUGUUUCGAUGCGAGGAAAAGCUUUGCUUUUACUUUCUCAGGUCUUGGAAGGAUUGCCAAAAGACCGAUUGCCUGUAAAGCAUGUAUCUGUAUUGCUUCAAUUUUAUCUUAAUCGUUUGGACGAUGAAGUUACCUUAAUGGAAAAUUCACUAGGAAUUGUUGCUUUACUUCACAUGGACAACUUUCCAUCCCCCAAAGCUGUGGAUGUUUGCUACUGUUAUUUUGAUGCAACUGAUAUGCCUAAAUAUUCGCAAAAAACUCGAUAUAGUAUCUUGAAAAUCUUUGAUACAAUUAUCGACGAAUACCUUUUUGAUAUUUCACCAAAUACUAAAGAUGCUUUCUUUGCAGGCAUAUGUACAACUUUUGCAGGGGAAAAGGAUCCAAGAAAUCUAUUUUUAGUUUUCUCUAUGCUGCAAAAAAUAUUGAAACGAUUCCCUAUAGGUGGCUUUGAGAAGCAAUUCUUUGACAUUACUUAUUGCUACUUCCCCAUUACAUUCCGAGCUCCUCCUGACGCACAAGGUUUAACAAUAACCACCGAUGAUUUGAAAGAACAGUUGAAGAACACCUUAGUUGCAACCGAUGCUUUUUCAAAGUUACUUCUUCCUGAGUUAUUCAAGAAACUAAAAGCUUCUGCUGUACGCGUUAAAAUUGAUGCGCUUAACAUUUUUGUUCAGGUCUGCCAGAAUUGGCAUCCAACUUCUUAUUUAUGGAGCUGCACUGAGUAUUGGGAAUCCAUAAAGCAAGAGAUCUUGGAAUCCACUGAUACAACAUUGCAGAAUACCGCGUUGAGUGCGUUGAAUCUUCUGACGAAAAAUUUGUAUAAGGAAAACGGGUUAUCCUCAAACUUCACCAACUUUGUUGGUGUUCUUUUAACUCAGUCCUUUGAAUAUUUUUCUAAAGAUUACACUGUAAAAGUUGCCUCUUCUAUUGGUGCUGUUUUCGCUGCAAUUGCUUCUGUUUCCUUGGAGAGUUUCAAUUACUGUUGUGAGAAAUAUUUACCGUACAUCUUAGAAUUGCCUAUAGAGUCCGAAUCUCUCGAAAAGAGACACGGAAUGUUAGUUUUUCUGAAUUAUGUGUUUAAAUGUGACGCUUUGUUGUACGGGAAAUGGAGAAGUCAAAAUUCUGUAGACUGCCCCAAUUCUUUGUUACCACAUAAAAACAAGUGGUUGAGUUUCAUGUCCGGAUCUUUAAUGGGUGUUGCAAAGGAUGAAGUAAGUUUGCGAACUUCCGCAGUCGAUGUGUUGUAUACUCUUUCUACCGUAAAGGGAUAUUUGGACAUGAACGAACUCACGAUGAUUGUUCAAUUUUUGGUUGAGUUGGCCUUUGACUUAGAUGAUCCUUUAAGAAAAAGCGCUACUGAUAAACUGAAAGACAUUGGUUUAUAUAAGCCUGACAUUAUUUUGUUGGUGGUUUUUCCUCAUGCUUUUUCUUUAUUUCCUGAGAUAUCAUCUAAAAUCAGCUCCGCCGAAGAUGCUACAUUCAAACAGUCGCUUCACAUAUUGAUAACCCUAUCUGAAGAAAAGAGUUUAUUCAAAACUUUAGUUAUUAGAUUGGUUGAAGCCUUGAAAGACCAACUUAACGUGGCUAAACAUGACUCUCAAUAUGCCAGCAUCGUACUUCAAACUCUUUGUCUAGCUUUUCGAAAUCGAAAUAUUGAAAAGAGAGAAGACGUCCCUUCUUACUUAGAUCAUUUGGUACCUUGGUUGUAUACUACUAGUUUUAAGUAUGCUCCUAUUUCAGUUUUCAGCAUCAAAGAUCUGACUAGUGUUUCACAAAUUAUCAACGAAAUUGUACGGGUUUGUCCCUUGAAAAAUCAGAUAAGCUUCUCCGAGGAACUUUAUAAACUUUAUUUUACUAGUGAGGAAUCUAGUCUAAUACAAGACGAUGUGCAAGUGAGACAGCUUUCAGCUACGUUCUGCCUUGCAAAGCCCAUGUCUGAUCAGAAGUAUGCAGGAUUAGUAUUGCUCCUUCAGGGAGGUAUGAAUGGUCUUCAAAGAUCAGUUCCUGUCGUUAAAGACUUGCAUGAAACGUUACUGAAUUCGUGUAUUGAGAUGGUAGAACAAGCCACUAUUCCAGCUGUCAUGUUAUCGGCUUUGCGCUUAUUAUCUUCACUUUUGAACAAAUGCAGUAAGGAUGAAGAUAUCAAUACCUAUCUGCAAACACCGGCUAUUACAUCUCUGUACGGAAAAGCACAAUCCAAAGACAAAGGGCAAUCUCACGCAGCGUUGCAAAUUCUAUCCUGGCUUGCGAAGGCUUUGGUUUCUAGAAAGCUUCAAUCUGCUAGUAAUAUAGUCAAUUACUUACUGGAAUGCUUGCAUUUGGAAGAUGCUGCAUCAGUUGUAAAUGCGUUUGCUGUUAUCAUCAAAGAUGAUCCAAUCUUGAACAAAACAAAUUAUUACGUUGAGAGAAUUCUUUAUAAGCAAAAAUUUUACGCGGAACUGAUGCCUAAACUCUUAGAAGCCAUACCUAAAGUUACAUCCAAGGAAAAGCCUUUCUAUUUAAUGGUGUUAUCGAUUGUCAUAGGUAAUGUACCUAAAGAUAUUGUUAUUCCUGAUAUGCCUACUGUAUUACCUCUACUCCUACAAUGUUUAGUACUUGCAGAUAGUGGCGUACAGUAUUCUGCCCUUAAUGUUAUUAUGACUGCCAUUAAGGAAAUACCUUCCUUAAUUUCUGACUAUAUGAACUCUUUAAUCCCACCUUUGCUAGCUAUCCCUAAAGACCUCAACAAUCCAGCCGCCGUUCGAUUACUUGCUUUGAAAUGUUUAGGUUUGCUACCAGAACUGGUUUCUCCUAUUCAUAUACAACCAUUCAAAGCGAAAGUAAUUCGUGAAUUGGUACCAUGCCUUGAUGACAUUAAACGUGUUGUGAGAACGGAAGCAAGUCGAACCAGACAUAAAUGGUAUACAUAGGAAACAUAUUUUUAUAUAUCUAUAUUUGAAAAUAUCCUUUAAAUAAAAUACUUUUUUGGCCAAGGAAGGGAUAAAGCUUCGUUUAUAAUAUCAAGGAAAUCUUCCCUAAAGCCCGAAUCUUGUCGAAUCAAAUGAUGUUUUACAAUUGGA